AUGUCGAGCCAACAACAAAUUGAUCCGAAGAAGCAGCAGGAGCUGCAGCUUCAGUACACCAACUUCAAGAAUACCCUCCAGCAACUAGCACAGAAGAUUGGCGAUAUCGAGCAAGAGGCCGAGGAGCACAAGCUUGUCAUUGAAACACUCGACCCUCUUCCUCAAGAUCGGAAAUGCUUUCGCAUGGUGAACGGAGUUCUUGUUGAGCGCACUGUCCAGGAUGUCCUCCCGACAUUGAAGACCAACUCGGACGGACUGAAGCAGGUGCUGGAGGAUAUGUUGAAGCAGUACAAGACAAAGCAGUCGGAUCUGGAUAACUGGAAGAAGAAGAACAACAUCCAGGUCGUACAGCCAUGA